UGAGGGUGAAGUGCGGAUUAGCAGCAGUUGGCAGGCGGCGCAGGGAAGUCGCAGCGCCGUCCUCCGUGGUGGCGACUUCGAUGCGGACGCCGUCAGACGAUGCAGAGAGCGGUAGGCAGACUGCUGCUACAUUUUCCUUCGUGUGCGCCUAGCUGUGUGAAAAAUGGCUCGGGGAAGUACUUGGAUGACAGAUUAUGCUGAAGAUGUGCUGGCAUGGAUGCACACCAAGGAACUCCAACAUAUGGCUUACAAUGGGAAUUCUCCACAGCUGGCAAUGCGAGGAGCUCUGGUAGAAUUUUUACGUAUAGUCAGUGAGCGCUUGAAAUUGAGUGUAGCAACAACUCAUCUGUCAGUAUACCUUCUUGAUAGAUUUAUGGAUGCACAUCACAUAUCUGACAACCAGUUACGUCUUACUGCUCUCACUGCUAUACUGUUGGCAGCAAAAUUUGAAGAGAAGGAUAUGAAUGUGCCAAGAAUUCCAGAGCUGAAUGCAUUUGCCAACAGCAGAUAUAGCAUAGCUAUCUUUAACUCAAUGGAAGCAUUUAUGUUGACAUUUUUUAACUGGAGCAUAGGAACAGUGACGGUUGCCCACUUUGCUGAAUUUUAUUUAAUGCGUGGAGUGACUGCUGGUGAUACAAUGGAAGGAGCCUCACUUGCUGAACCUGCUCUGGCAAGACAGUCACUUUGGAAGGCAACUGCACAUUUUCUUGAUAUAUCCCUGCAAGUGCAUCAACAAUCCUGUUUUUUUAUGGAACAUGACCAGGUUUUCCUUCAGUGGCGUUGCUCACAGGUGGCAGCUGCUUGUGUUGCAUGUGGUCGCUUGUGCUGCCAUUUGCUACCAACGUGGCCAGUAUCUCUCCAAGCAACAACUGGUUACCACCUACAGUCCCUCUCACAGCUUAUGGAUCUCUUGUUUAGGCUGUAUGAGAGUGAAGACAAAGCUAGCGUUUGCAGCACUCCUGAUUCAGGGUAUGGUAGUCGGUGCUCCAGCGUCCAAGGUUCACCCGUUUCUCAUAGAUUAGGGGAAGUAUAGGUAAAAAUCAUUUGGUACCUUUCCACUAUAGACUGAGGUGGACAAAAUGUUCAAAAGAAAAAAGAAAAAAGGAAAAAAAAAAAAAAAAAAAAAAAGGGGUGUGCCUUUAUAAACAAAUAAUUUAUUGCAUGUUCCUUACACCAUUUCAUGCACUUGAAGUCACUGAUAUACUUUAUUUAUGUUUAUGGUGUCUGGAUCAUGGCUAACUCAAGAUUAGGGUUGUUUAUUGUACUUCAAAAUUAGAAUCUAUUAUUUUUAGGUGGAAGGCACAUAACUGUUGGAUAUAGUUUCCUCCUUUCUGUGAUAUUCUUGUUGCUGCCAGAAAUUUUGGUGGCUAAUUUUUGCAAUAUUAAUUUGCUAAUUUUGAUGUGUUAAAAAGGGAACUACCCAUUUCUAUGAUAUCUGAUUAUAGUUAGGUAUAAUAUAUAAUGGAUCAGUCUUAAGUUAUUGGGUGUGGAGCAUGUGUUUGAAGUAUGAGAAAGUUGUGAUCUGCUUUAAAGCAUUUGAUUCCGUUUCUGUUUUUUAACCAAACAUUUGUCCUCUAGCUGCUUUACUGCUGGGACUUUUUGGUGCUAAAUAUGACUAUUAUAAAAGUCAAAGUAUUGUGGAGGGAAUGUAAAUAUUUACAUCCAAAUUUAAAUAUUCCAGUUGUGUUUCUUCUUUUGUAUCCAUGAUAUCUUUAAUGUAUUAAACUGUUAUGUAUGGAAAUUAUACUCACCAAUUGUAAUCAGUUUAGGGUAAAAAUAUACCCCACUUUAUAAGGCAAGGUGAUGAUUGCUUUAUUAAAAAAAAAAAAAAAAAAAGUUAUAAAAAUUGUGAGUUAAAAUGGAAUACCUCAGUCAUGUUCAAAUUUGUACUCACCCCUAUUUCAGUUCAUAAACAUUCCAUUAUUUUAACCAUAAGAUGAAAUUUCCCAGGUCAGGAAGUCUGGGGUCAGUUUGAUUUCUUUGCAUAUAAAACUGGUGAGUAUUCAGUAUUAAUUCAUACAUAUUUGCUUAGUUUUAUAGGUACAAAUGUAAAUUAUUUUAUUACACUGCUACUUCUAAUGGGAACAGAUAAGGUGUCUGAUGGUAGUAUUGGUAGAAUGGUGCUAUUUGCAAUUAUGUGUUGUGCAUUAGCAAGACACAAACGAACCUCAAAGGUAGAUUUGGAACUACUUUAAUUUUCCUUGUGUAUAUCGUUCUUGAUAUUCAUCAACUACAGCAAGUGAUUACUGUCUGUGAUAUGUAUUUAAAGAAUUUUUCCUUUGUGUUAAUUGGUAUUAGUAUUAGAAGUUGCACAAUAAGUUUACCAUAAUUUUGUUAGGGUUACUUUUCAUUAUCCAAUGUAAAUAAAAGUUAAAAUUUCUUUCUGUGUUCUAGUCAAAGUUCUAAUAAGAGUAUUUUUUGUUUAACAGAUGUUUUGCUUUUCUGUGAUACACAUUUUGUUUCUUUGUUGUGUAAUUGUGUGACUAUGGUUCAGAUGAGCCUUUCAAUAAAUGUUUUCAUUA